UUGCAGAAAACUCUCUGAAAUCAGUGGAAUUAACCAGUUUCUAUUUGGGGGUUUUUUCAAAUCGUUAUGUGUGAUCAAACGCUGAUCAAUCUGAAGAACAGUUUAUGGUUUUAGGGUUUGAAGAUUUCGUCGAAAUCGAUCGUAAGAAAUUGAAGGGUUUUGAAGAUUGAAGAAGAAGAAGGAGAAAACGAGGUGUGUUCAUGGCGGGUAGUAAUGAAAUCAACGCAAAUGAAGCCAAGAAAGUGGUUCCCCUUCACACAUGGAUCUUGAUUUCCAACUUUAAACUCGCUUACAAUAUGCUCCGGCGACCGGACGGCACUUUUAACCGGGAGUUAGCCGAGUUUCUUGACCGGAAAGUGGUGGCUAACACCGUUCCGGUGGACGGUGUGUACUCUUUCGACGUUGUCGACCGCGCCACCAGUCUACUCAACCGGAUUUACAGAUGUGCGUCUCCGGAAAAUGAAACCAGUCAUCAUUCCGGUGCCGGAAUCAUAGAACUCGAAAAACCUCUUAGCACAACAGAAAUUAUUCCGGUGAUAAUCUUUUUUCACGGCGGAAGCUUCACUCAUUCGUCCGCCAACAGUGCUAUUUACGACACAUUUUGCCGGCGACUCACCGGACUUAUCAAAGGUGUUGUCGUUUCCGUAAACUACCGCCGGUCACCAGAGCACCGGUAUCCUUGCGCUUAUGAAGAUGGGUGGGAAGCUCUCAAAUGGGUUCAUUCAAGAUCAUGGCUUUUAAGUGGAAAAGACUCUAAAAAAGUUCACGUUUACUUAGCCGGAGAUAGCUCCGGCGGGAAUAUCGCCCAUCACGUGGCCCACAGAGCGGCGGUUUCCGGCGUCGAAGUCCUCGGAAACAUCCUCCUACACCCGUUAUUCGGCGGCGAAGAACGAACGGAAUCGGAGAAAAACUUAGACGGAAAAUAUUUCGUGAAAUUACAAGAUCGAGACUGGUAUUGGCGAGCAUUUUUGCCGGAAGGUGAAGAUAGAGAUCAUCCGGCCUGCAAUAUUUUCGGACCUCGAGGGUCGAAUCUCGCCGGAGUUAAUUUUCCGAAGAGUUUGGUGGUCGUCGCGGGACUGGAUCUCGUUCAAGAUUGGCAAUUGGAUUACGUGGAAGGAUUACAGAAAUCUGGGCAGGAUGUGAAGCUAUUGUUCUUGAAAAAAGCGACAAUCGGGUUCUAUUUCUUGCCAAAUAACGAGCAUUUCUACACAUUAAUGGAGGAAAUGAAAAWUUUCGUGAACCCCUCUUCGUAAAACUUUCCGGCCAUGGAAGAUUUGAAGAAGAAGAAGAAGGGCUUAUACAUAAUAUAACAGAAAAUAUUUUGACAUUUUUAGUACUAUUUUUCCUAAUUUCUUCAAGAUUAUGAGAGAAAAUGGAUGAUUGGUUCUUGUGAUUCUUGAUUUGAAUUGGGAUUUUAGGUAAGAAAUCCCUGGUUUUACUUACUUACAUUACAUACCCAUUUAGGGUUUUUGAUGAUUGUUAAUGGAAGCUAACUUUGAAGAACAACAAUGGUGGUUGAUAGCUUGAGGAAGGAAGGAAGCAAGAAACCAUUCAUGGGUGCCAUUUGUAAUAUUGUUACUCUACUUUUUGAUGAUCUAUUUACAAGUAUAUAAAGGUUUGAUUUAGGGUUUAUAUUUG